AUGGUUAACCGUUGGGAUCUACAUGAAGUUGCUAAAUGGAUUGCGGGUUUAGCUGGAGUUCAUCGUGGCACAGACCAAAUAUUUCUCGAACAUAAAAUUGAUGGACAAGCAUUAACGGUAUUGACUCGUGAUGAUCUCAUACGAAUGGGUAUUAAACAGAUUGAUCAGCAGAUGAUUUUAUUACAAUCAGUUGAUUUAUUAUCAACACUGGUCAAUCGAUUGAGUAGCGAAACAUUAGCUCUAUUAUUCAUGCGUAUACAUUGUUCGGCUACAGUAUGUUUUAAUAUGCUGAGAAGACAUGAUGACAUGUCGUCAUCGACUAAUAAGAACUAUGUUGUUAUGCAUUCACCUGACUUUUAUGUUGCAAUCACUUUAUUAUCCGAUGCUAUUAUCAAAGCUUGUCAUUGGCUUGGAAGGUUGCCAUUUAUUGAGACUUCUGACUAUAUUGAACUACGUCGUCAGAUUAUCAAAUCACUUGUGCAAAUACGCCUUUUGUUACGUAAUUUGCGUAUGGUGGAUACAAUAAAUAUGCCCAAAACGAAACUCAUUCGUGAAAUUGAUGAAUUAAGAACGCAUGCUACCGGACUUAUUCGUCGAAACAAAGAUUCACUAUUUUCGUCUGAUUGUUAUUUGACACGCGUUAAUUUGAGAAGACCAACUAAAGACGAUAUGAAUAUUGAAUAUACCACGAUGCCAGAUUAUACGCAUGUCAUAUCGAGUAUACAAACAGAAUCUAUGGGAUAUAUGGGUACCGGUUUUAAUGCAAUAAACAUUGGCGAUGAAAUAAUUGAGAUUAAUAACCAAGUUGUUCUUGGGUGGGAUGCUGAGCAUUUUCUUGAACUUUUACAAUCGCAAUCAAACGAAAUAUAUUUAUUAGUUAAAAAAAUGCCGAGACAUAAUGAUGAUGAAGUUUAUGCAAAAAGAAUGACUGAGUGGCCUCUAGGACCCCGCAAAACACGCGCUCGUGGCGUUUUAGAAAGAUUAAAACAACAAGAACGAGAUCAAAAAAUAAUGUUACUCGAACAGGAAGGAGAGAUUGAAGUUGAAAGUGAUGAUGAAACACUAUAUCAUAGUAAACGAUCGUCACAAUGUAAACGUGAUGCACAUUUAUCGUUGCCAGACUUAACGGAAACAGAUGGUGUUGAAAAUAUUGAAUCUUCUGUAUCUACGGUAGUCACAACAACGACAAGCAAUGGUUUUAAAUCACCAUUGGACUUACGGCAAAAGAAAGAUGAAUCUCAACGUCAAUCUUCAAGUAAUUCAUCGCCAAAUUCAACUCCGAAAAGUCAAAAAAAAGCGAGUUUCGAAGGCUAUAUUUCAACGUUAUUUCGUCCAAAACAAGAUGCUAAAAAUGUUUUGCCCGGAAUGGAUGAUUACUCAAAAGAUCAUCCUCAGUUAGUCAAUGUUAAACGCAUUUAUUCCAUGUAUAACGGUAUUUCUCCAGAAGAUGGACUUCCUUCAUCGUCAUCCACAUCAUCACUGCAAGAAAAUAAGAUGAACGAAAAUGCCAAAUCGAUUCAGAAAAAUCGAUUCAUAAAUAAAAGUAAUAGUCAAUCAAAUUUACCAUCAACAAAUACAAUAAAUAAUAAUAAUAAUCAAAAUAGUUCACCGAGAUCUUCGUUAUCAAAUAUAUUCAAAAAUGAACAAUCAGGAAAAUUUCGAAUUAAACAUCCACAUAAUGAUAAUGAGAACGGAAAAACGUUUCAAAACGACUCAAAACAUGAAAACGGCUCAGUUUUGAACAAUGGAAUUGUUACUAAUAAACCUCCCCUUGUUCACAGUGAAAGUCGUAAAAAUUCCAGUUCAUUUGAAUCCCGUCGUCCCAAACGCAUGCGUAAGUAAUUGACAUCCAAUUUAACUUUCAAAUAAGAAACCAUUUUAUCUGUUAUACCUUGAACUACUUUGCUGGUCUUUUGCUUUAGCGGCGUUCUGGCAGCCGUUUGAUUGGUAGAGUAAGAGAAACAGGUAACUAGGGGCAUAAAAGAAAAUUGCACUAAAAAAUAAAGUGUGGAAAAUCCUGUGGGAAAACGACCCAAAAGUGUGUGGGAAGCGAAUGUAGAAAUUCCACACUUUAUUUUUUACAAUGUAGAGAACGCAGUAUAAAUCCUACACCAUUUUUUCUUAUAAUUUCUUUCUGGGAAGUUUGUUUUUAUUUUGCAUACGGGGAGUUUUUUGUUUUUUUAUAUUGCUUUAGAAUUAAUUCAACUUUGCCACAGAAAGAUAUAUAUAUGAGAGAAACAUAACUUUCUGGUACAAUCGAUAAAAAAAAAUGAAAGUGUUCAUAAAAAAAUUUGAAUGGUACGUUUUGUUUCCCUGUCUUUGCCGAGUAUCCUAUAAAAAUUUCCCAACUGCCAGACUCAUACUGGCUGAGUUAGGAGGGAGACAAUUUUCAGUUUUUGCCAUAGAGAAUUUUUGGCAGGAUUUUGCUAGAAAAAGGGUUGAAAUAGAUGUAUUCUACAUCGUUCGACAGAGAAU